CAUAUCACCGAUUGUUCUAGUAAAUUCUUUUUAGAGCUUCAUAAAGAGUUAUAAAACACAAAUCACUCAUCUCAUGCUCUGUGAAUACACAAAAUAUUCAUCGAGUUUGAGUCCAUUUAAAACAAUAUGUUGUACUUCGCAGAGUUAUAUAAUUCAUAUAAGAUUCAUCAUCGUUCAAUGAGAAACAAAAGACUCUCCUAAAAAUCUCCACCUACCUUGAAGCCCUAGGAGCUAGAUUCUUUUUGUUUACAACUUACCAUUACCACACUCCAUUGAACUUUGAUUAUGGAUCUAUGAUUACCCAUCUUUCCACCAAGAUUUUACCAUAUGCGUGUCUCAAUCUUGUGGAAGUGGAAGGUGAAAACUGAAAACCCAUUACCGUUUUUUUUUUAUUUACAAGGGGAGUUUUAACCUUGGUAGAAUUCCCUCAAUUUCCUUUGGGUUCUACUACUGUAUUGGGUUAUGGAGAAGGGGCAAGUGUGAGCUAGUGAUUGAAGGGACAAUGGUGCUUGGGAAUCUAGAAAAGCUAAAAGCUUGGAUACUUUCCUUUUACUGAAAGAGUGUGAGAUCUUCUAUUAGGUACAAAACCACUUGCCUGUUGUUUUUUUGACUCUAUAAUGGAGAGAUUCAUGGAGGUGAUGGGAAGGUCCAGCUCCAAUAAUGUGUGAAUGUGCCCUCUAGUGACAAGUGCCCUUAAGAGAAGACCAACUUUUGGGACAAUUUGUGAAGGAAAAUGGCCUUAGAGUAGGGUUGUCCAUUCAUUUUUUUUUUUUCAGUUUCUAGUGUCUUUCCUUUUCCUCUCUAUAGUUUGUGUUCUUUCACAAGUCUUAUCUCAUCUUGCCUCUCCUCCUCUUGUUGUGUUUGACUUCAUUGCUUCUAGCUAGUUACCAAUAAUGUAUCAAGUUGGCUUUGUGGAAAUGUUACCAAAAAAGCACGAUGAAAGUUGAAUAGACGAGGCGUCAUUGUCACCCGAUUUAAACAAAAAAUUCUCACUUAUUGAGUUUGAUUAUGUCUUUAAUCUUACAAACCCAAUAUGUUAUUUGAGUUGAAAAGAAACUUAGAGACUUAUUAAUAAGUUUGAUAUUAUCUCUUAUUUAAUAAAUUUUUUAUGUGCACUUAAGAACUUAAUUUAAUGAAAAGGUACCUUACUGUCGUACCGACUUGCUAUUAUUUUCCCUUAAAUGCAUUGAUUUAAUUCAAUUUUAAUUAGUAAUCUAGCUAAUUUAUGUUUGGUUGCUGAUUCUUGUUGCUUUAGAAAGGGUGAGAAAUAAAAAGGAGAAGUAAACAUGCUUUUAAUAUAUUUAUUUUCAACUGUGAAUACAAAAACUUGAAUAGAUAAUAAACGCUCACUUGGAAGAUGGGGUGCGACAAUAUUGUGAUUGAGUCCGACUCUCAGCUGGCCAUCCAGCUGAUAAACAACUGGCGGAACCCUGUUCACCCAUAUGCUUCUUUGCUUGAUGCUAUUCGGAGAAAGAUUGCUCAAAACUGGCUGGUUAGAAUAGUUCAUACUUAUCGUGAAGGGAAUAGAGCUGCGGACUGGCUCUCGAAGCACAGUCUCAUCUAUCCCUACGGUAUGCAUGAACUCUCUAAUCCGCCUAGAGAGAUAGGUCAGAUCCUUCGGGAUGAUUUUAUGGGUGUUUCUUUCGAGCGCCAAGUGAUGGCGCCUCCUGAUCUGUAAUCCCUCCCUUUCUUGGCUUCGGCCUCCUUGAAUGCAAAAAAAAAAAAAACGCUCACUUAAGAACGUCAACGAGUUGGCCUAAUGAUAUUGUGAGAAUGAGAACAUCCACCACAUCCUAAAUUCGGAUUUUGGGACCAACAACCAACGAAAAGAAUUAAGGCUGACUUAGAAA